AUGGAGAAUUGCAAAUUGCCAAGGGAUAUGGUGGUUGAUAUUUUAUCGAGAUUACCGGUAAAGUCUCUUAUGCGAUUUAAGUGUGUUUCUAAAUUUUUCUAUGAUUUGAUAAAAAGUGAUCACCACUUCAUGAACAAACACUAUGAGAUCAGCAAAGCAAAAACCGAUUGUGUUCUUUUAGAGGCUUAUUGGGAUGAGGCUGGUUGGAAUGCUAAACAAUAUUAUUUGCUUUACAAAGAAUUUGAGGAUAAUGAGAUUGGAUGCAUAUACUUAGACAUCCCAAGAACCCCAACCUCAAGAGUGGUGUCGGUUAAGUGUUGUAAAGGUAUGUUAUGCUUGAUUUCGACCAAGGAUUUUAGACUUAAACCUGAUGAAUACCUUGUUUAUGAUAUUUUGAUAUGGAAUCCAUCCAUUAGGAAAGCUGAAGUCUUACCCUCGGUUACCGUCCCUUACAGAGCACCUUGUGAUGCAGGUGUAUAUAACCAUUUUGGAUUUGGAAUUUCUAACAACAUGACUUGGAAGGUUGUCAUACUAUUAGAUAUUUGUUCUUUAGAUGGCAGUACUAUUCACCAAAUCACAAUGGUUUAUAGUAAAGAUCAUAGUGAUUCUUGGAGUUUGAGACAAAUUAAUCCGGUUAUAUCUUGUAGAGAUAUUUCGUUCAAUGAUUUUUAUUUAAAAGGGAGGCACUAUUGGCGGGCCCACGAAAGGUAUUACGACGAUGAUGAAUACUUCAUCAAUGAUGAAUGCUUGAUUUGGUUUGACAUGAAUGAUGAGGUGUUUGGGACGAUUGAGUUGCCAUCUAAUUUGUGUACCGUCUCAAUAAUGAAUGAGACUGUUGCUUUACUUGUGAGUAAUUACAAGAAUUUUGAAUGCAUUAUUGAUAUUUGGUUAAUGAUUGAAAAUGACGACAAUACUAAUUGGCGUUAUCAAGCAAGCAUAGAUUGCGCUCAAUUCAAUAUAUAUAAUAAUCUUUCACAUUCGACACCAAUAGGAAUUUGGAAUGUGGAUGGUGAAUUGCUUGCAUUUGUAGACUGUGAUUGGGAUGGUUUGGAACCGGAUCAUGUUGGAGUAGCAUACUUCGUAUCUCUAGAUUUGGUAACUCAAGAAAGGAAGGUAUUCUCUUUAAGUAGAGAAAGGAAAAGUAUUACUAUGGCAUCAAAUUCAACUACGGGCCAUUUUCAAGUUUACAACGAGAGGAAUAUUGAUAUACUAGAAGAAUGGAAACACAAAAUUUUUGGCCGUGAGGGAAUAUAUGCUCGAGUCUACUACGAAAGUCUACAUUCACCAUAA